CUGUGGUUCCAGACAUCCUCCAGGAGCCGAAACUGAUUGCGGUUUGUGACUGUCCACGGUUUCUCCUGCUUCUGCACUCCGUGGGUGGUGGAGCCAGAAAUAUGGCAGCCGUGGUGCUGAGGUCCUGCAGUAAAGGAUUUGCUCACAUUUUGACGAAUAGAGGAGUCGCUACUAUCUUGCCAAAUACUUUGGGAGGGGUGAGACAGAAGUCCUCUGUGCAGUAUGUGACAAGGCCAGAGCUCCCCAAGCUGGCCUACCGCAGGGUAAAGGGGAAGAGUCCAGGUGUGGUCUUCCUGCCUGGGUAUGGAUCCAACAUGAACGGCCUGAAAGCUGAGGCCCUGGAGGAGUUCUGCAGGUCACUAGGACAUUCAUACCUAAGGUUUGAUUACACAGGCCAUGGGUUAUCAGAGGGGGUGUUCACUAAAGGGACCAUCGGCACCUGGAAGAAAGACGUCCUCUUUGUGUUGGAUGAACUAGCAGAGGGGCCACAGAUCAUGGUGGGGUCUAGUAUGGGCAGCUGGCUCAUGCUGUUGGCAGCUAUCGCCAGGCCGGAGAAGACUGCAGCUCUUGUGGGGAUCUCCACGGCAGCAGACCACGUCAUCACAGCCUUCAAGUCAAUGUCUCUAGAGGUGCGUAAGGAGAUUGAAGAGAAGGGUGUGCUGACGGUGCCCACCAAGCACAGCGAGGAGGGCGCCUACACGUUCACCAUGGACUUCCUGAAGGAGGCAGAGAACCACUGUGUCCUCCAGAGCCCCAUCCCCAUCACCUGCCCCGUGAGGCUCAUCCACGGCCUGAAGGACGACGACGUACCCUGGCACAUCUCCAUGCAGGUGGCAGAGCGCGUCCUCAGCCCCGACGUGGACGUCAUCCUCCGCCGCCACGGCCAGCACCGCAUGGCCGAGAAAGACGACAUCAAGCUCAUGGUCUACACCAUCGACGACCUCAUAGACAAGCUGACCACACUCGUUUGAGUCGGUGGAAGGAUUAAGGAAGGGAAAGGGGGGGGGGGGGUUGAGUUGGGAAUCCCCCCCAUUGGAGCUGCUCCUACCUCCCAGCCAUAUAGGAUCCCUUUACCCUUCCUCCCAGUCUGCCCCUGGUCAGUUUAUCCUAAUUAUGCUGUUACAAAGAGAAGGAGAGAAAGAGGAGACAAAAUAGAGAGAAACGAGGAUCACCGAAAGUACAAACUGUGAUGGCUCGUCUGUCAGAAACCUCAGCCAAGUCCUUGAUGCGUGCCUUGGGGAGGGAGUGUGACUUUUACUAGUUCCAGUUUACUCUGUGCAGUGUUGUUUUGGUCAACCUUUCUAUGGGCCAUGCUGCCACUGCUAAUGCUGCCGCUGUUUGUUUGACAGAACAUCCUGGUCCUUUUGCCAGACCCCAAUAGUUUUCCUGUGCCUUUUUUACCACGUCUCACCCUGUUGGGCCAAUAAAGCCUCUGCACACCA